AAAUGAUUUUUCCAAAUAAGGAAAUUUAUCUCUGUACCAUUGGGUUAAAUUCAAGUAUCUUACCUGGAAAUAGCAUAGCAGCUCUGGGGUCUGGCACUCGGAGAAGAAAAGUGAGUGACAGAGAGGUUCAGUAAUUUGCCCAGUCACCUAGCUACUACAAACCUGGAGAGCCUGGCUACAGAGCUCAUCAUCUAAAACAUUAUUCAGAUAAGAGAGUCUUCGGGACCAUUAUGGCAGUCAAGUGGACUGGCGGACAUUCUUCUCCUGUCCUCUGCCUAAAUGCAAGUAAAGAAGGGCUGCUGGCUUCCGGAGCGGAGGGUGGAGAUCUCACGGCUUGGGGUGAAGAUGGAACUCCAUUAGGACACAUGCGGUUCCAAGGGGCUGAUGAUGUUACCAGUGUCUUAUUUUCUCCCUCCUGCCCCACCAAGCUCUACGCCUCACAUGGAGAAACCAUUAGUGUACUGGAUGUCAGGUCCCUCAAAGAUUCCUUGGACCAUUUUCAUGUGAAUGAAGAAGAAAUCAAUUGUCUUUCAUUGAAUCAAACUGAAAACCUGCUGGCUUCUGCCGAUGACUCUGGGGCGAUCAAAAUCCUAGACGUGGAGAACAAGAAGGUCGUCAGAUCCUUGAAGAGACACUCCAACAUCUGCUCUUCGGUGGCUUUUCGACCUCAGAGGCCUCAGAGCCUGGUGUCAUGUGGACUGGAUAUGCAGGUGAUGCUGUGGAGUCUUCAAAAAGCCCGACCACUCUGGAUUACAAAUUUACAGGAGGAUGAAACAGAAGAAAUGGAAGGCCCACAGUCACCUGGUCAGCUCUUAAACCCUGCCCUAGCCCACUGUAUCUCUGUGGCUUCGUGUGGUAAUAUUUUUAGUUGUGGUGCAGAAGAUGGUAAGGUUCGAAUCUUUCGGGUGAUGGGAGUUAAGUGUGAACAGGAACUGGGAUUUAAGGGCCACACUUUAGGGGUAUCCCAGGUCUGCUUUCUCCCAGAAUCCUAUUUGCUGCUUACUGGAGGGAAUGAUGGGAAGAUCAUGUUGUGGGAUGCAAACAGUGAAGUUGAGAAGAAACAGAAGAGUCCUACAAAACGUACCCACAGGAAGAAACCUAAAAGAGGAACUUGCACCAAGCAGGGUGGAAAUACUGACGCUUCAGUAACGGAUGAGGAAGAACAUGGCAACAUUUUACCAAAGCUAAAUAUUGAACAUGGAGAAAAAGUGAAUUGGCUCUUGGGUACAAAAAUAAAGGGACACCAAAAUAUAUUAGUAGCUGAUCAAACUAGUUGUAUAUCUGUAUAUCCCUUAAAUGAAUUUUAAAUCCAAUAAAAACAUUUGAAGAAUUGUGGCAAAACUGUU